AUGGCGAAUGCUUUGCUUGAUCUGUUUCUUUCGUUGCUUUUAAUCGGUUCGAGUCCCUGGAUGGAAAGAGAAAUGGCGGGAGUUGUGAUCGAUGUCCACACUAUUGAGUUGUGGGAGGGGCUGGUCGCGGUGCGCGACAAUGUUCUGGUGGUGGUCGAAUUCGCUUCAACUUCCUGCGUACCAUGCCGCGACAUAGUUGAAGAUUACGCCAAACUGGCAGCAAAGUACACCGACGCUCGUUUCAUCAGGGCUGACACACGGCGGCUACCAGAGGUGGCUUCAAGACUGGGUAUAAAAAUCGAGCCUACCUUCGUCCUUUUCAGGAACGGUGCUCGGAUCUACCAGCUCAUUGGGGCUAACAUGGAAGAACUGGACCGACAGAUUCAACUGCACGAGUGA